UAUCAGGUGGCGCAAGCUACGCCCCAACACUCUGUUCGAUGCGUGCGUCUGUGGUAUGCGCGAAUAGUGGCUCUUCGGCUUUUCGUCCAUCGGAGAAGCAGCGGGAUCCACAUCAACCGUCUCCCGCCGUCGGAAGGAGAUUACGGCUCGGUCAGCUCAGUUCAUUGCGGGCACCGGACGUACAAAUGUCAGGAAACAGAAUGGACACCUCGUACACUCCCAAGGUGCUUCGCAAGACCAACGAUUGCAUGGUGAGCCAGGAUCUCGGAGCGGCUGCAAACGAGUCCAGAGUGCUCGUGUUGUACAGUGGAGGUACCAUCGGUAUGGUGAGAGGCAGGGAUGGAGUGCUCCAGCCAAUGCCCCUGGUGAUGGAAAGUCGGCUUCGGGACUUUCCCCAACUCCACGACGCCGAGUAUUCCAGCACACACUUCCCAGACUCCGACAAACCACCGCUCGUGCUACCCUGCACAGGGGAUCCCAACCGAGUGGUGUACACCAUCUACGAGUAUGACCCCCUCUUGGAUUCCUCCAACGCCACUAUGGACGACUGGGGCCGCAUUGCCCAGGACAUCAUGGCACACUAUGACCAGUUUGAUGGGUUCGUGGUACUCCACGGUACGGACACCAUGGCCUACACGGCGUCUGCGCUCUCCUUCAUGCUGGAAAACCUGGGGAAAUCCGUCAUCAUCACCGGUUCCCAGAUUCCCAUUUUCGAACCCAGAAGCGACGGACGGGAAAACCUCCUCAACUCCCUCAUCAUUGCCGGGAACUACGUUAUCCCCGAGGUGACGCUAAUGUUCAACAACAAGUUGUUCCGCGGCAACCGCACGAGCAAGAUCAGCAUCGACGAGUUGGAAGCCUUCGCCUCUCCCAACAUGGCGCCACUGGCCACCAUCGGUGUUCAGAUUGAAGUGAACUGGAAGUCGGUGUUUCGGCAGACGACCAUGGAGAAGUGCCGGGUGCACUCGAAGCUCAACCGGAACGUGGGGCUCCUUCGCCUUUUUCCCAGCAUCACCGUCGAAGUCGUGCGUGCGUUCCUGACGCCCCCCAUCCAAGGCGUGGUGCUGCAGACCUACGGUGCCGGGAAUGGCCCCACGUCCCGUGCAGACCUCCUGGACGAAGUGCGCAGGGCCACCCUGCGAGGCAUCCUCAUCGUCAACUGCUCCCAGUGCUCCCAGGGCUCCAUCAAGGGCACCUAUGCCACGGGCAGCGCGCUGUGCGAGGCGGGCGUCAUUCCAGGUUCGGACAUGACUCCAGAGGCAGCGCUCACCAAGCUGAGUUAUGUGCUGAGCAAGUCGGAAUGGUCUCAGGCCACGAAGAAAGAGAUGCUUCAAACCAACCUACGUGGAGAGCUGACGUUGACAAAUCCCCGCAAACUGGAUGACAUGGACCUGAUUUCUGCCAUUGCGAGGACAAUGAACAUCUCUUCUUCUGAGGACCUGCAGUCGUUGCAGACGGUGCUCUACCCUUCCAUCCUGUGCUCGGUCACGGCGAGAGGGGAUCUCGAUCGGCUCGAAGUGAUGCGGCAGUUUGGGGCUCACCUGUCUUCAUGUGACUACGACUUCCGCACGCCGCUGCACAUAGCGGCGUGCGAGGGGGACGUGCGUGCGGUAGAGUACCUGCUCCGGCACGGAGCCAGCGUGCACAUGCGGGACCGCGACCACAACACGCCCCUGAUGAGCGCCGUGCUCUGGGACCAGCACACCGUCAUCCAAUCCCUCGUCCAGGCUGGGGCCCACCUCAGCGUGCCCGGGCUGCAGCUGGCAGACGAGCUGUGCACGGCGGCCCGGAAUGGCAACGUCAAGCGUCUGGAAUCUUUCCACUUGGCCGGUGCCAAUUUCCAUGAAGUCGACGCCACCAAGAGGACCUGCCUUCACGCUGCAUGCGAGGCGAACCGCGAACCAGUCGUGCGGUUCCUGCUGAGCAUCGGUGUGUGCCCCACCAUGAGGGACGUGUACGACCGCACGCCCAAAGAGGUGGCGCAGGUUCUGGGACACAAGCACCUCGUGGCGCUCAUGGAGAACACCGUGACGAACCACAACGGCGAUUCCAAUCUCCUCGACGACUGAGCCGCGUCGAGUCGUGUUUCCUCUUCCGGACGUGGACCGCCUCCACUUCGCACCCAGACGAGCCGAGGGUCCCUCGCUACACCCUAUGCAGCGCACGCUCCAAGCGUGCGCCCCUUGGCAACCGGAGCCACCGAAUCAUCCCAGCCAUAGCCUGUUGCAGGUUGACUUUAAAGCGGCACAAGCUCCUCCCUGCGGCAGAAGCUCCUCCGCACAAAGCCCUCCGCUCUUUCUAGUUUAGCAGAGCGAAUGCUGGAGGAAAGGAGAGUGGAGAGGGACACCCUUAAUCGUGGCUAGCACGGAGCUUUGCAGGAGAGUGUUGUCCCGCUUUUCUUAAAUUGACCUGCAACGAGUGUAGGGUAGAGACACCCCAUUCCCACGUUCAGCAUAAAGGUAUCUUUAAAGGGACACUGACGGGGUAUUUAUGUUCGUGAAGGUUUUUGUUUGUACAUGACAUACGAGAGCGCCCAACUACCCGGAACACAAACGCGGCUCGAAAUUCAUUUUCUUUCCGCCCGAAAACCGCUGUUUGGGAACUGGCCGGUUGCAGUCACGCUCACUCUCUUCCCCGUGGUCACGUGCCGUUUUCUAUGGAUUAGACACAACCACCAAGGAUAUCAAAGUCGUGAGUCAUCGAAGGUACGCACUCAAUGCUAAGAAUAUAAAAAAAAGAAUAUGAUACCCUGUUUUUGUGGAUUUGAAAAAGCGGCAAUUACACUUAUUGAAAAAAAAAAAAAGUUGCACAGCCAUGUGACUUCUGGUAACUUUCUCCUCAUCUAUAUUUCUUCUUCCUUCACAGUCUAGUUUCGGUUUUGGUUUCUAGCAGUUGCGUUUUUUUUUUACUUUAUUAAAAAUAUAUGUGACGCUGUAGAAAAAUAUUGAUUGGGUAGUCUUCCGACACCAUAAUGGAUCGCCUGGCAAAAAAUAAAAAGUUUCUUUAUGGGGGAUGUCAGUGUCCCUUUAACAUAAGUCCCUUUGCAAUCAAUGAAGCAGCCCGGGCUCAAAUCGCGAACACACGCCGCGCGCAGAGAAUCGCAAACUGAUUCAUCGCCGACCAUAAAGGUCCCUUAGCUAAAGUUGCCUUUAUGAUCGUACGAAUAGAGUAUUACAGGCGCACUAACGAGGUUUUGGGCUCCGUCUAUUUUACGACAUUAACUUUUUCGAAUAAUUGCACAGAUGCCGAAAAUUGUCGGCAUGCGAGCGGGGCACGUACGUCAACAACCCUGGGUGCAUUCCUUCGAGGUCGUCGCUUGUUCUGCAUUGGAAAGCUCUCGCUUCCAAUUGACCUACGGGCUGUCAGUGCUUCUGAACAGAGAGGGUCGAAACUUUUUUAGUGCUUUUUUAAAUAGUCACUGGCACUGCAGGAAGUCGUUACCACAAUGAGUGCACAAAAGACGGACCGGGGCAUCUACAAAGUGUGCAUUUAGAGAGAGGAGAACAUGAACGGACGGACUGCCGCGACUCCCAACAAGUAAUAUAAUUUAUUUGCUUCAAUUUACUUAAAUAAACUUUGGUUCCAGUUGGGAGUCAUGUCAGUUCGUCCAUUUAUGUUCUCUUUCUAAAUGUGUGAAUCAUAUAUACACCAAACCGUUCAUCCCGACUUCGUUAGUACAAAGUUUGUACUUUCUAGAUCAUGGAGUUUGAUUCUAUAGUUGGGCGCAAAAGCGUGGCUUCCUGAUUAGAUUACAUGGAUGCUAGACAUUUCCCAAUAUUUCGAAAACCGUAUUUGAGGACGUUGCUCGUGGAUUGAUAGCUUGUAUGAGGCCUGUAUAAUUGUUUACCUUAUUUUUUUGUGCGCGCAAUCGUGGGGCAGAUAGAAUAGUGCUUGCUUCUCCCACAGCCUUCGCAGUGAACGGUUGGCUAAAAGCAUCUCAUACCUUGGUUCUGGGAGUUUUAUUGAAUAUUUUUUGAGUAUUAAAUCUUUUUUUUUUUUACCAUUUUUCGUCGCUCAAUUAAGACCUCUUGUCUAAUUGCUUGAACAUAAUGAGUGUCUCUACUCUAGGAGCGCUUAGUUGUAAAAAAGAAAGUGGUGGCAAAAUAUCUUAGAAACAGUUAGCUUUUGAAGCCCUUUUUAUCUUAGAUACUGUUUGAGUAUUUGUGCAGGGUACUUAAUAGAUGCCGAUUGUUUAAUCACCUCAACAUUUACGUUUGCACUACGUCAAAGAUGGAAGAAAAGGCUCCGAUCCAUCCUAUAGAAUACAUACCUCUACGGGAGAGCCUAUUUCUUUUCCUUGCUUCUGGUGCUCGGUGGAGUGCAGUUUUGCUUUGCCAUACAUUACCAAGAUCUCAAGUUUCAAGUCAUUAGUUGCAGUAGGUGCUUGUUGCUAUGUGCGUCGUUUAUGUGUUGUUUCAUUCCUUUUUUUUACAUUGAGGUAGGUAGAACUAUUUAUCUCCUCAGGACAAACCACACUCCUUGUAGAUUUUCUGAUUCAUUGUGUCCAUAUCAAGCGGCCAUUUUCAAGGUGGGCAGGGAGGGCAGAUGGACGUGCCAUGCAGGGCACAAGUUCGUCUGCUGCUUGCGCACAGUUUGUGGCCGAGAUCAGAUAGUAAGAAUGGUGGAUAGACCUCAAGGCAGCUUGCAUUGAGGUCUACCCACUAUCCUUCCAAUCAGAGCCAAUCCGAGCCAAUCCGAGCUCGGAAUUUCAAUGUCGCCCCAGCCCCUAUGCAGGAACCAGACAAACUUGUGCUCCGCAUUGGAUAUACUGUACUGCUCUUAGGAUUUAGUAUACAUGUACAUAUGUACACAGGUGCCCUGCCUCCUUUUGCUGCACAAUGCCAGAAGUGCAAGCUCGAAGAUGUGAAGUUUCACAAUCUGUCAUCGAGGUGUACUACAAUCCUUGUAGUCAAGUUGAAGUAUGUUAAUUUAUUGAUUGUGCUUCCAAUAAAGAAAAGUCUGGAUUAA